AUUCGACGGAAACAGAGGGAGAGGUUUCACAAUCGCAGAGCUCAAAACCCGCCGUUGGAGAUGAAUCUUUCGCAGAACGCGGCGGCAACCGGCGGUGCUGGCGGUAACGGUGUCAUACUCCCGAUGUCCAACGUCGCCUCGCCCGCCGACUCAUCAGCGUCGGCCACCACCGGCUCACCGGCGGACGAUUCCAAGCAGAAUCUCAACCAAGUCAUCGGCUCCAUACAGAAAACCCUAGGGAUGCUCCACCAGCUCUAUCUCACCGUCUCUUCCUUCAACGUCGCCUCCCAGCUUCCGUUUCUCCAGCGCAUGAACGCUCUUGUGUCGGAGCUUGAUAAUAUGGCGAAAUUAGCAGAGAAGUGUGAUAUUCAGGUUCCCAUGGAGGUUCUCAGUUUAAUUGAUGAUGGGAAGAAUCCAGAUGAGUUUACUAGGGAUGUUUUGAAUAGUUGCAUUGCCAAAAACCAGAUUACCAAAGGAAAAACAGAUGCUUUCAAGGGUUUGAGGAAGCAUCUUUUGGAUGAACUUGAAGAGGCAUUUCCUGAUGAAGUGGAAGCUUAUAGGAUGAGUCGUGCAACUUCUGCAGCAGAAGCAAAACAGUUGGCCCAAGCACAAAACGCAUUACCAAAUGGCGACGUGAAGGUGAAGCCAGAAAUGUGAAAAUCGAGGCUUCCUUUACAACAGUUUAUUCAUUAGUACUUCUGGAUCGUUGUUUUAAAGUCUGUGUAUACUGUUAAGUUGCGACUCGAUUGGUCUUUCAUCGAACAUGUUUUUGUAGCAUCGAAAGAGAUUGACAGAAUGAUGCUCCGCCUAUGUGACAUGCAGGCGUUUUGAAUUGAAUGCUGUAGAUGUAAUUUUACAGUCUAGAGUGUGUAGGGAAUCAUGUGAAGCAGGUAUGACUGGAGAUUAUGUUGGAUCACAGGACAGUCCCUUGCUUGUUAAUGUGCGCUUUAUAACUUUAGGGUGUGUUUGGUUGGUGAGUUUAGACAUAGGGAAUGGGUAUGAAA